GUCUAGCUCAAGCAAUACAGUCAAUUUUGUUUUUACAUAGUCUUACUGCUUCUGAGAUGUUUAAUAUUCUGCUGUUUCUUCUUGGAUUUGUGACUGUGGAAACCAGUAGGAAACAUUUACUCUGUAAUACACCAAAGGUGGAGGUAUUAUAUGAGAUGUGUGAUGACAGUUUUGCACCAGUGGUUAAGAUGGAACCUUGUGAGCUGAACAAAGCUGUGAAUUUUUCUAUGACAAUGAUUCCAAGAAAGAACAUUGACCGCUUGUAUUCUAAAGUGGAAAUCUGGAAGGAAUCUGUGACAGUCUCACAAAAACGCUAUGUGAUGUGUUCUGAAGAAAAUGAUGAAUAUGAUUUUUGCGGUACUUUAAAAGGAGAGACACUGAACGCAUACUACAAUGGUUUCAGUUCUAGGAAGCUGCAGCUUUUAAAGAUGGCAGCAUUCAUCCCUGCAAUAUAUAUCCAAAGCCAGACUGUAUUUUCUGAUGAGAAAUUCGAUGUUCUUGCCCAAAAUGUGUAUCUAUUUAUACAUUCCAGUGCCUGCUUCCUUCUGAACAUUGAUGAGGUAAAGAAUCGUUGGCAGAGAUGCAGGGACCAGUUCCACAAAGAGAUGCACCACCAGGGACGGAGUGGUUCCGGGCCGCCAAAGAAAAGGCCAUGUUCCUCCGCUGAGGUCAUGGAGCUGUGUCCAACGGAGGACAACCUAGAGGAUGAAGGGGAUGAGUCUGCUCCGCUGCUCUCCAGUGCCUGUGAGGAAGACACUCCCUCUGGGGCAGCGCAGGUGGAGAGUGCCCCAGGACCAAGCACGGCACCUUCCAGGCCACCAGCUGUUUCUGGAGGGUAUUCCGCCCCCCUCCUUUGGUUCUACCCAGCCGGCCAUCCCUCCUGCCAAAUCUCAAUCAACACCCAGGUACUUUAUUAUUUAUCGAGAGCCCGGCAGGAGGAUGCGUUUGACUUGUAUGCCCAUAGUCUGGCCUCUUAUUUGCGGUGGCUGCCUCCAGAACGAGUCCUGAGAACCAAAUCGUCUCUUGGAAUCGUUCUGGAUGCAGCCAAUCCCCCCAACGAUCCUAUAGAAAUCUUUGGAGCCCUGGAAAAUUGGCGCCUCCAUGGGAACAUGUUUGGCCCCCAGCCAAUUCCAAUUUCCCAGGGCUCACACCCUCCACCACCACCUCCUCCACAAUUCCACCCUCCAAGGGGUCAUUAUGGGCCACCUACUCUGCCAUAUGGCCCACAUUAUCAUGUGGAGUCUACAUAUUGGCAUGCUGUCCCCACCUCCUCACAAGCUGCCCCAUCACAGUACUUGGGCCCCCCUUCCCAACCAGCCUACCCUGGCCCGCAGUUUCCAGCCCCAACCUCGCCAUCUGGGUGUUAAACCAAUUGGUAAAUUUUUUGUUAUAGAAUGUGUCGGCAGAUAAGAACCAUUUGGCCCAUCUAGUCUGCCCAAUAUACUAAAUACUAUGGAUAGCCCCUGGCCCUAUCUUAUAUGAAGGAUGGCCAUAUGCCUAUCCCAUGCAUGCUUAAACUCCUCCACUGUAUUUGCAGCUACCACUUCUGCAGGAAGGCUAUUCCAUGCAUCACACUAUCACUCAAAGCAACCGCCUCUUAAGUGGUUGCUUUCAGUGAUAGUGUUUUGUCAUAGCAACUAUCCUUGAGGUAUAUAUUUUUCAGUGAAUUUCUAUUCCAUGCAUCCACUGCUCUCUCAGUAAAGUAAUACUUCUGAUAUUACUUUUAAACCUUUG